GCAGUCUUGCGAGCAGUAACGUAGUGUCUUGUUCGUUGGAGCAGAUACCGUUCAUCACUCAAGAAUAAGUAGUUCAGUUGGUGCCUUGUGAUCAGCUUGAUGGGAACACGUUCUAGAACUUCGAUAUACUUUCUUUCCUCCGCUUCUGUCUCGAUGAUGCAAGAUGACCCCCGCAGUAUCCCCAGAUUGAGACCCCAUUGUUGACGGCGUUCGCCCGGAGCGUAACCUACUUUUAUUUAUUUCCCCCUCUGUGCUGGCCCAGUCUGCAAUGAUGUCUCAUCAUCACAAAUAUGACUGCUGACGCCCAAUUGAACGUGGCGUCGUCGCAUUCCAAGCCCAAACACAUCAUCAUCGUCGGUGGUUCCCUGGGCGGCCUCUUCACAGGCGUCGCCUUGAAACAACAUGGUUACAAUACCACAAUCCUCGAGCGUAACCCUACCAAUCUGCUCGAGAAUCAGGGGGCCGGAAUCGUUGCCGGUGGUGAUAUGUUAGCCUUCUUCGAGCGCUAUGAUCGCUGCAAACGUCCUGUCGCUGUUGCAUCGCAAAAGAGAAUGUACCUCGAUAAGUCUGGCGAGGUUGUCCACGAGGAAGUCAUGAAGCAGACGAUGACAAGUUGGGACUUGUGCUACUACAUGCUCCGGGCAAACUAUGAUCAUCAAGACAGUGGAUACUGUAGAGUUCCCGGUCCACAACCUGGGGAUGGCAGAAUUGACUAUAGAUAUGGCUGUACGGUGACAGACUUCAAGGAAGAAGACGACACGGUGAGGGUCUUUUAUGAUAGCGCAGACGGUAAAAUAGAAAGCGUCGUUGGUGACAUGCUUGUUGGCGCGGAUGGACCAAGUUCCACAAUUCGAAAGAUCCUGUGCCCUGAUGUUGAACGAAAGUACGCCGGAUACUGUGUCAUUCGAGGCACAGUGCCUGAAGGGGAAGCCUCCGAGGAAGCAAAGACGGCUUUUGUUGAACGAUUUACGUUCUUCCACGCUCCUGGAAUUCAAAAUCUGACCUAUACCAUUCCUGGCACAAAUGGAAGCAUGGAAAAGGGAGGGCGGUUGUUGAAUUUUGUGUGGUAUACAAAUUUUCCAGAAGGAGAUCAGGACCUUGAAGAGGUCAUGACGGAUAAACAGGGAAAGAGACGAAGAAUCACCAUACCGCCAGGGCAGAUGAGAGAGGAAGCGUGGGAGAUGGUCAAGAUGAAAGGCCGAGACCGAUUGCCGCCCCAGAUGUCCGAGAUGGUUGAGAAGACUCGUCAGCCGUUCGUCCAGUGCAUUACGGACGUUAUAACCCUGAAGAACUCAUACAUGAAUGGGAAGGUUGUUCUUGUUGGAGAUGCCCUUGCUGGAUUCAGACCGCAUACUGUGGCUUCGACGAGUCAAGCUGCGUUCGAUGUCUUGAUGCUUGUCGAGUACCUCCAGACGGGGAAUCAUGCAGAGUUUGUCAGAAGAACAAUGGAGUAUGCCCGGAUGAUGCAAUCCAGAGGUGUGUAUAUCGGCAACAGGAGCCAGUUCGAGUCAUUACCCUUGAAGGACUACAUUGAUGAUCGAAACAUGAUGUCGAUAAAGAGGGAGGACCUGGAUUUCCCUGAGUGGACUCAAGUAAGAGUGUGAUAGCGUUAAAUGGUAGUCGAGAUUCAGGUGAAUCUCCGCCAAGGAGUUCGGACGGACUAGGAACCGGGGUUC